GGCAUCAUCGUAGAUGUGGACGAGCGUGACGUCAUCACCAUACUGAAGCGGAUGAUCGCGCGCCACAACAGCGAGCAGACGAGCAGCAACCACAUCAUCAUCUCCCCCUCCUGGUACAUCGCCAACAUCAACAACAACUGUGACCUUAUACGCGCUAUCUGUCAACGGCUGGACGCCGGUGUGUUCCUCCUGCUCGGCUCCUCCUCCUCCCGCUCCUACAACAUCAUCCAGUCGUACAGCCACGCCCUGCAUGUGCCCUACGUGGUCUACAGCCAGAACGUGAACCAGCCACGUGACGGCUACGACUAUGAUGUCACGGUCAGUCCGGGUUACGUCACGGCGGUGGCUGAGCUCAUCAAGUUCUUCAACUGGGAGAAAGUCUACUACGUCUUUGACUCGGACGAUGCCCUGUGGGAGCUGCAGCGUCUCCACGACUAUGUCCGUCUGCCUCCCAAUGACGUCAUGAUCGACGCACGGCGCCUGCGCAAUGUGACGUCAUCACACGACUUUUUACGUCAGCUGGACAGGUUCUCCACUCACACCAAAAGGAUUAUUCUCAACCUGUCCAGUAGAGACGCUUAUCAGAAGGUUCUCAAUCAGUUGGUGGACGUCGGUAUGAACCGGGAUAACUAUCACUACCUGUUGUCUGGUCCGCCCAGCCAUCUACAGACAGACGCAGCCCUAGCCGCCGACGGUCUUCAGCUUGUCAUCAACGCCCUCAAUGACCUAAAGGUGUCCAACGCAACCAGACACAUCUUCAAGACGUUCCGACAUUCGGAGCUCUACAACAACGGGACCCGGGGUGUGCAGUGUUGGAGACACCCGCCCCUCCCAUGGGUGCACGGGCCCGUCAUACGACAAGCUCUUCUCAAGAGCAACUUCACCGGGAUCACAGGCCCACUGACCAUCAACAGCCACGGUCAGCGAGUGGGUCACAGACUUGACCUCAUGCAGCUGGACUACAGGAACCCCCUGAGGAAGGUGGGCUCGUGGUCGGAGACUCUGGGUUUGACCACCAACCUCACACGACCUAAGGCCAACAGGGUACAGCUGGAUGUGAACAGGACAAGGGUGGUCACCACUAUACUGGUGCGUCCGGAGGCUGACAUCGCUAUCGCCUCACUCACCAUCACCGAAGUCCGAGAGCGAGUGGUAGAUUUCUCUAAGCCUUUCAUGGACCUCGGCACCUCCAUUAUGAUCAAGAAACCUGACAAGGAGAAGGGAGGAGUGUUCUCUUUCAAAAACCCUCUCUCUGACGGGGUGUGGAUCUCCAUCAUCUGUGGAUUCUUCGGUGUGAGUGUCGUCCUGUUCUUCGUGGGUCGCUUCAGUCCUUACGAGUGGGCGGCGGUGCCAGGGGUGAAGGACGGGCGACAUAGGGCCAAGCCGGCCUUCAGUUUGGCCAACACUGUGUGGUUUGCUCUAGGCGCGCUCAUGCAACAGGGGUCCGAUAUAUACCCGAGAUCCAUCUCAGGCCGUAUCGUAGGCUCCGUGUGGUGGUUCUUCACUCUCAUCAUCAUCUCCUCCUACACGGCCAACCUGGCAGCUUUCCUCACCAUCGAGCGGAUGGACGUGACCAUCAACUCUGUCGACGACCUGGCCAGACAGACGGAGAUACGCUACGGCAUCACGGCCAACGGGUCCACCGAGGAUUUCUUUAGCCAAAGCAAUGUGUCCGUGUACGAGAAAAUGUGGAACUUCAUGAAGAACACGGAGCCCUCUGUAUUUGUUAAGACGACACAGGAGGGGAUAGAGAGAGUUCGGAACUCGAAGGGCAAGUACGCCUUCCUCCUGGACUCUUCCUUCAACGAGUACCACAACCAGCGGAAGCCGUGCAACACCAUGAAGGUGGGCCGAAACCUCGACGUCAAGGGAUACGGUAUAGCGACGCCCUUAGGCUCUGACUUAGAGAGUAAGACGAGCGCUCUAACACUGAGCAACGUCUCCGGAAUUUUCCACAUUCUCAUUGGCGGCCUUAUUCUUUCGAUGGUGACGGCCUUCUUUGACUUCAUCCUCAAAAACAGAAUGCGAUCGGAGAAAAAGAUUACGUGCCGAUAUGCCACACUGGACGCCCAAAGCGCUUUCGACAUAGAGCAUCAUCACUGUCGCCAUAGAGACCGAGACGAGCCAUUAUGACGUCAGCGAACGCAGCCAAUCAAAUCUCCUGUUGUUGUGCGCCAAGAAUCCAUUUUGUGAACUUUUCUUUUCCUCUCGACCCUUGUGAAAAGUGACUACACAGGGUCAUAUUUAUUAUGGUUUCGUUGACGUCCUUCGUGAUGUAAGAGGGAUCUGGGGCUGGGGUCUAUAUUCGGAGAUGGGUUUCUAUCUCAUCAUUCUGUCCUGUUGCGGUAAAUGCAUGUGUUUAUGUGUGUGUGUGUGUGUGUGUGUGUGUGUGUGUGUGUGUGUGUGUGUGUGUGUGUGUGUGUGUAUGUCUGUUUGUCUGUUUGUACGUGUGUGUUUGUUUGUGUGUUUGUAUGUGUAUAUGUAUAUGAUUAUUAUUAUUAUUAUUAUCAUUAUUAUUAUUAUUACUAUUAUUACUAUUAU